UCACAUGAAGGGGCUGAGGGCGCCCGCCCUGAAGAGGAGGCUGGAGGGCAGGCUGAACAACCCCAACUCUCCCAGCCUGUCCUCGCAGCAGAGGUGCUCCAGCCCUCGGAUCAUUUUCGUGGCCCUUCUCUGGCCGCGCUCCAACAGGUCCAUGUCUCUCCUGUGCUGAGGGCUCCAGGGGACGCAGCGCUGCAGGUGGGGCCUCACCAGAGCGGAGCAGAGGGGCAGGGUCACCUCCCUCGCCCCGCUGCCCACGCUGCUGGGGAUGCAGCCCAGGAUACAUUCCGGCCUUCUGGGCUGCAAGUGCGUAAUUGCUGGAUUACAUUCAAUUAUUCAUCCACCAGUGCCCCCAGGUCCUCCUCCGCGGGGCUGCUCUCAAUCCCUUCAUCCCAGAGUCUGUAUUGAUAUUGAGGAUUGCCCCAACCUGGGUGCACUUGGCCUUGUUGAACUUCAUGAGGUUUGCAAACUUUAUGAGGAUCUUUGCUUCUUUUAUCUCCUGGAACCAUGUUGGUGCGUGGAGACAGCGCUGCGCUUGCGCUGUGAAGGAGACCAGCUGCGCUAAGAGGUGUAUGAGCAAGCAGGUAGCCAGUAGUUUGAUAGAGACAGUUAUUCCGUCUGUCACAUAUGAUGUGUGAGGAGAGGCUGAGAGGUGGAUGUCUUCAGCCUCAAGAGCAGGAGACAACUGUGUCUCCCUGUUUGCAGGUAGGGGUAGAGAAGAUGGAGCCAGACUUUUGGAAGGUGCAUAACAAAAGGGCAAGGGACGCAUUUGCUUUUUCACCAUGAGAAUGGUCAAAUGUGGGAAUGUGCCCAGAGAGAUUGUGAGCCAGUUCCUAGGCACUGUUUAAUUUGUUAGAGUAGAUGUUGCUUCUCCUCAGGUGUGAGCAGAGAAUCUCUCUUUGGUCAUCAGGUCUCUGUGCACUGGGCAAAAGCUAGAGCUUUAUAGGAAAUAUUCUGUGUUCUGCUGAAUGCUAACUGUCCCAAAUGCCUGUUCCAGGGAAAGCAUGCGUGUCUGGUGGGUAUAGAAACAAAGAUACAUACAUGUGACCAUGUACCACAAGCUUUAUUUACAUCUGCCCAAAACACCCAGACAUGGGCACACAUAGCUUGAAAGUUAAAUUAUACUGCUCGCCGGUAACUAAGGAAUUGCUGUUGACUAGCUGGAAAUACAAGUUUUGGGAACAUCACAUUGUUGCAUUGGAAGUUGAAACUCCAACUCAGAUUUCUUUGGUGGAUGAAACAUCUGGUGAGAAAGAAGAUAUAGAGGUGACGCUUCUACCGGCUGGUCACUGUCCAGGAUCAGUCAUGUUUUUGUUUGAAGGUGAAAACGGCACUGUGUUGUAUACAGGGGAUUUCAGGCUCGCAAAAGGAGAAGCAGCCAGAAUGGAGCUGUUGCAUUCAGGGACCAGAGUAAAAGACAUCCAGAGCGUGUAUUUGGACACCACUUUUUGCGACCCCAAAUUUUAUCAUAUACCAAGCCGGGAGGAGUGUUUAAAAGGGAUCUUAGAGUUAGUGCGAAGCUGGACCUCACUGACCCGCUAUCAUGUUGUGUGGCUGAAUUGCAAAGCUGCUUACGGAUAUGAAUAUUUAUUCAUAAACCUCAGUGAAGAACUUGGAAUCAAGGUGCACGUGAACAAACUCGAUAUGUUCAGAAACAUGCCAGAAAUCCUCUACCACGUUACUACAGAUCGACGCACUCAGAUUCACGCCUGUCGACAUCCUCGGGAUGACGACUGCUUUAGAGGGAACAGACUGCCCUGUGGGAUGACCUGCCAAAAUGGAACUCCCUUGCACAUCAUCAGCAUCAAACCUUCCACGAUGUGGUUUGGAGAAAGGAUCAAGAAAACCAAUGUAAUAGUGAGGACUGGGGAGAGUACAUACAGAGCUUGUUUCUCUUUCCACUCUUCAUACAGUGAGAUUAAGGAUUUCCUAAGCUAUAUCUGUCCUGUGAAUGUGUAUCCCAAUGUACUGCCAGUAGGUGGGACAGAAGACAAAGUUAUGGAAAUAUUAAAGCCAUUGUGCAGGUCGUACAGGAGAAACCUGGAACCCAGGUACAAGCCCUUAGGAACACUGAAGAGAGUCCACAAGAGAGACUUAUCUGAUACAGAUGAAGAUGAUCUCUUUGACUCAGAAUUUACUUCUGCAAGGCCUAAGAUUCCAAAACAGCAGAGAGAAGAGAGCAAGCCCUCCAGCACAGGGAAAUCUGAAAAUGCUGAAGGAAACAUUGAGAGCACAGAAAGUCACAAAGCGACCACAACGUACACCUCCCCCAACGUAGACUUCAUGGACUGUGAGGAAUCAAAUGAUGAUGAUGAUGAUGAUGAUGAAGAAGAAGAAUCUGAAAUAAAUAUACUUCAAGUUCUUUCCCCUGUGCCAGGUGCCACUUCCACAUCAAGUUUCAGUGGAGUAACUAGUGACCAACAGGAGACUAAUGCCGAUGUCCCUCGCUGGGAUGCAUUUUUUAAGUGUAACAAACUAGAAGAAAGCUCUGAAAAUGAGGACGCCUUCCCAUCCUCAGCAGAUGCUGGGGGGUCCCAGUCACUCUUCAGCGAUUCGGAUGGAGUAAGUGACUCGACACACAUCUCCUCCCAAAAUUCUUCUCAGUCGACACACAUAUCAGAGCAGGGGAGCCAGGGCUGGGACAGCCAGAUGGACACAGUACUCAUUACCUCCCAAGAGAGAAACGCUUUGGACUUCAGCUGCUUCAGCAAAGGGGGGAGCAGAGCUGUUGUUUCUGUGUUGCAGGAGACUGGCAGUCAACCUGACAGCAGUAGGUUGAAGCCAGUUGGUCCAACCACAUCUUGUGCUGAUGAUGUUGCCUGUGACUUGAAAAGCAAAGACUGUGGGAAAGAUGGAGAAGCUGGCACUGCUGGCGUUCAAGAUGUGCUGGUGGAAGUAAGCAACAGCUCCAGGACUCCUGAUCUAGAACUGAGAAGGGACUCCCAGAGCUCCUCUGACUUUGAAAUUCCCUUGACUCCCGAUGCUGAAGUGCCUCAGCCAGAUAAACUGCGCUGUUUGUAUAAGAAGCUAGCAGCAGGUGAAAGCAUACUCAGAGAGAAAAAAGUCUCCUGAAGACAGGUGUAACUGAUGACAUAAUGAAAAUACUGAAAUUUGUUUAUUAAACCCUGAAUUAUUUUUCUCCUCAGUGCUGAUGACUAUUUGCAGCUAUGCCAAUUCAUGCAUUUAAAAUAUCUUACAGUCAGAACUAGGAAUGUGCAGCCUGUGCAACUUUAUAGUUCCCUCCAUGAACUACUGAAAGGGAGGUCCUAGGAGGGACUGUAAAUGCCUUCUGCCUCCCGAGGGUCGGUUCUCCAGGACUGUAAGGAGACAAAAAAAAAUGGACCAGCCAAGACUAGGGGUGGAACACUAAAUGAAAUUUAGUGUUUCUCUUUAUCAUGAGCUCCAAGAGUUUGCCUUUGAGAUAUGGAUAUAUAGCUGUGAUCUCAAGUUUUAAUAAAAUACCACAUUUUUAACUGUGGGGAAGAAUAAGCUAUCUUUUGGGAACGACCACAUGAACAAUGCAAUAGUUGCACUUUGACUUUAAUCCUAAGUUUUCACUGCGGUUAUUUUUAAAAACAACUGCAGAACAGCCUAGAGAAUUACUGACAAAAGUUUGGGUUUUUUUUUUAAAUCAGUUUGUUCUUUUCAAGCAGCUUCUCUUUAUACUGAGCAAGUGUUGUCAUCUGAAUUUCACUCCUGAAUGAGAUACUCGGGAGGCUAAGUCACAGCAGCAGAAGCUAACCUGUUAUCCACGACAGGUUAUGUUACUUGAGGCUCUUACGUUACCAAGUUUCACCUCCUCUGUAACAUUCUGUUGACUUCUCUGAGUUCUGACAUGUUUACAUUUCUUUUUUUAAAUUGAGUCAAUAGCUGCCCCAUGCACGUGUGCCAUCGAAACUAACUCUAUGCCAAAAUUCUUAGCUUCUAAAGUGGAAAUGUAAUUCAGGUUUCUGUUAAACUGCAGUACUUACAAAAAUGCCUGAACAGCAGAAGUCAUCCAAAAAUCCAUGAGGUUUCCCAUCCAUGCGGUCUUAAGUCCCAAAGAAUUAAACAGACUUUGACUAUGUCUUCAGUCUUUCCACCAUUGUUGGUGACAUGCAACUGUUAAACCUGCUGGCACCCUGCUAUUGGGAACGGGCAGGAGGGGAAGAAGAAAAAUUGCUGUCAUCCAUGAAUGGUUUUAAGGAUAUUCAAGUCCACAUAUUUCUCCACUGUCACCUCACCCACUCACUUCCUGGGAUCUGUUAACAUGAUAUACAAACGUGGUCUAUCAAACUUCUAUUUUUUAGCAAGCUUGAGUGAGUGAAACCGCUGUUGUAACUACCUCUGUGAAUAAAGUCGUACAGAGCGGGA